AUGGAACCUCUGAGCAUCCUUUCCAAGCAUUAUGGCCAUGAGGAGGAGGAACGCAACAACCUGCUGUCCACUGCUAGUAUUAUUAAUAUCCCAUCCAUAAGAACUCAUUGCAGUUCUGCCUACAGAUGGUGUCGCAGCAGAGUUUCCUGGCAAACCAUGCUGGAAGCAGUAGUGCUGUGGACGGCUCUCAUUCUCUUGCUUGUCAAGAUUACCUAUCAUACCCCACAACCACCCGAAACGGUGCAACUCUUUGGGACCAACUAUACCGUGGCAAAUACGACCUACAUUGUACAAACCAGUCAAGGGCUUCGAGGUAGCAUUGCUACUGAAAUUGGAUUCUUGACGGCAUUGACUCGGUUGAAAAUUUCCCAAAACCAACUUUCUCAAAGCAUCCCCUCCGAAAGGAUUGCUCACAAAAUUUAACGUUCA